AUUUUCUGUCUGACGGUAUUAUUUAACAGUAAUUCCGCGGUCACACUAAAUUAGAUGUAAAAUUCCUAGUUUGACAUCUAUCACAAAAUUCAAACCGAAAUGGCGACAUCAAAUGCAAUUGGAUCAGGAGUUGAUAGUGCAGUUUCUAUUGAAGUCCAUCAGCCUAACGCUGAAGUAAUCAGAGGACAAAUUUUUGAGGUGGGCCCUAGAUAUACGAAGCUUACGUACAUAGGAGAAGGAGCUUAUGGCAUGGUCGUGUCGGCCGAUGACACAAUAACCAACCAAAGGGUAGCAAUAAAGAAAAUUUCGCCGUUUGAACAUCAGACAUAUUGCCAAAGAACUUUGAGAGAGAUAACUAUUUUGACAAGAUUUAAGCAUGAAAAUAUUAUCGAUAUUCGUGACAUCUUACGAGUAGAUAGCAUAGAACAGAUGAGAGAUGUUUAUAUAGUACAGUGCUUGAUGGAGACUGAUUUGUAUAAACUACUCAAAACACAGAGGCUGAGUAACGAUCACAUAUGUUACUUUUUGUACCAAAUAUUGCGGGGACUGAAGUACAUACACUCAGCAAACGUUUUACACCGGGAUUUAAAACCAAGCAAUCUACUGUUAAAUAAAACGUGCGACUUAAAGAUUUGUGACUUUGGUUUAGCUCGAAUCGCAGAUCCUGAGCACGAUCAUACAGGCUUUUUAACGGAAUACGUUGCUACUCGGUGGUAUCGGGCACCUGAAAUAAUGCUUAAUUCUAAGGGAUACACAAAAUCAAUUGAUAUUUGGUCUGUCGGUUGUAUUUUGGCGGAAAUGUUAAGUAAUCGGCCAAUAUUUCCUGGAAAACAUUAUUUGGAUCAACUUAAUCAUAUUCUUGGCGUAUUGGGGUCACCGACUCGUGAAGAUUUGGAGUGCAUUAUAAACGAAAAGGCUCGAAACUAUUUGGAGUCUUUGCCCUUUAAGCCAAAUGUACCAUGGUCUAGAUUAUUUCCAAAUGCUGAUGCGUUAGCAUUAGAUCUUCUUGGAAAGAUGUUAACUUUUAAUCCUCAUAAACGGAUUCCUGUGGAAGAAGCUCUUGCACACCCCUAUUUGGAGCAGUAUUACGAUCCUGGAGACGAGCCUAUCGCUGAAGUACCCUUUCGCAUAAAUAUGGAAAAUGAUGAUAUAUCUCGUGAUGCCUUGAAGUCAUUAAUUUUUGAGGAAACUUUAAAAUUUAAAGAACGACAACCGGAACAAGCUCUUUAAAAAUAGAUGAAUUUGAUAAACACCUUCUUUGCUCCGUUCAAUAUAUUUUAUAUUACAACCAAUUUUGUGAUUUACCUAUUACUUAUUCACAUUUCGUAUUAUUUUAUAAAAAUAUAGUGUUUUAGGCUACUAAAGGUUAAAAAAGUUAUAAAUUAUCAUAAAAACGUGUGUUUCAAAAAUAUCUUUUUCAAUGCAACUGUACAUUUCUGAGUCUAAAUAUAUAAAUUAUUUUUAUUUUAUUUUAACAUUGUAAAAAUCUAAAUGUUGACCAGCAAGUUGUAGUUAAAAAAAUAUGUACUAUAUAUGAUAAAAUGAAUGUGAGAAGAAUAAUGAUACUUAUUCCUCAACGAAUUAAAAUGUAUAACUCACAAUUCCCGAUAAUCGCGGUUUUCCUUGUAGUUUGUCUAUUACAGAUGUAGGUGCGAAGUACAGAAAGGCAAAUUAAAUUAAUGUUUAUUUUUAAA